AUGGUUAACCAACCAUAUUUAGGAUUGCUGAUGAUAUUGCGAUCAUUGAAGGACGAAGAUUUGGUACAGCUUUUGCCUGCUGGCCAUUCUGUUGGAAGUAUUCGUACUCGUCGUCCUUUGAUGUAUGUUUUUUCCGGUGGUAAUGAAGAUGCAGCAUUUUUCUCUGUGAACGGUUUUUCAAUACUUUUAGAUGGUGGUGACAGAAAAGAUGUCUCAUAUUGGAAUUUAAUUAGGAAUUAUGAUAAAAUAUCAGCAGCUGUUGUUACUCGGAUUAGUCCAAAAUGUUUGCUCGGAAUUUCAGCAAUUUUUAUGCGCAAAUGCUUGGAGGAGUGCCAUCCCAAUUUUGGUUCUAUAAUUUGCAAUUUACCUCCUCCAAAUGUUGUAAAUGGAGAUAGUGAAGCAGCAAAAGUUCUGUCUGGAAUGCACAAGGGUCUACGAGCAGAAAGUUUGAAACCUAUAGAAGCUUUUGCUACUUCCAAAAUGGAAGCAAUUACGUUAUAUGAGGUCAUUGGAGAAGGCGCCUUACGCAUGAUCGUUCUAAAUCCGGAACGUGGUACCAAAGAUCUUACUUCACUUGUAAAUGCUUUAAAAACUGAUAUCGAUAUUGAAAAGUUUGCUGCCUUAACAUCACUUGCUCUUCUGUUAGUUUGGCAUCCAUCAGAUCAUACACUUCCGGUAUCACGCAUUCUUAUCACUGGUGCUUGUCCAUUAGAAAAGCUUUAUGCAUCACUGGAAAAAUUAAAAAGCGAAGAAUAUUUGCGUUAUCCGCAAUUUACACAUGCUGCGAAGGAUAAAUCAUCCAAUGUUCGACUGAGUAGAAUUGGUCGUAAUUCUUCGACUACAAAAAUUGUUCCACGUUUGCCAUCUGCACGAAAUAUUCCAACCCAAUCGACGACUUCUAGUAUCCGUGAGCCGUUGAAGAAAACAGCUAGGCCACCACUUAGUAGUUCUUUGCCCUCACGUGUUACUGCGAAUUCCAAGAAACCUGUAAUGCAGUUGGCAAAAGCACAUACGGGUAAUAAGUCAGCGGAAAAUAAAAUAAUCAAGUCAGCUUUGUCUAAUGAGACGAAGAGAACUGGGGUCCUCACCACUAAGUCAAAAGCGAGAGAAAUAGCAGAAGCAAAGUCAACAAAUAAAUUGGAAGCUAAACCCAUUUUGUCUUAUGAAAAAGCUCAGAACUCAGAUUCGGUCCCAGCAAAUGUCGAAAUUAUCAACUCACCCAUCAAGAAUCCAGUUUUAUGCGCUGAUUUGCCAUCGACGGAAGGCAUGCAGAGUUCACUUGAUUUAUCCCCAUCUGAAGUUUCUUUGAGUGGAGAAAGUAAAAGUCCUUUGCAUUCUGAAGAUUCACAGAGAUCUGGAAGUCCAUUUGCCGAAAAAGUUGCUAAUGAUAACAAUUUGCUCGAUGGUAUUGAAGAACCUGUGAAAUUGCGAAAGAUUAGCAUGGAUUUUGUGAAUGAGAGUGAAGAAAUGGAUGAAAACAGUAAAGAAAAAGUGGAACCACGUGAACCAAAAUUAAAUCUAAUAGAUUCUUCCCUACAGCCGCAGGAUACAUUACUCCUUGAUUCUACACCACCAGCCUCAGGAAUUGUACCUGUUGGAGAGAUGUGCGAUUCUUUACAAGUAUUACUUUCAAAAGAAGAAAUAACGAACGAUGAUGAGGAUGCAGGUAUUUAUAAUCAGGAGGAUAUGCGUAAGAAAAGUAUUCAAGAUCUCUUGGGUUCAGGAACAAGUCCGUUUAUGGCUGGCCUAAUUACGGGCAUUGUUGACGACACUCCUACUGCGCUACAUGAGUUGACCGAAUUGAAGGAUGCUGGAUCUAAAAAAUCUGAGUCUUUGAGUACACAGUCUUUGAAUGAGCUCAAUGAAGGAAAAAUAGAACCUGAACAUAGUUGGAAAAGCGAUGAUGUAGAAAACAAAAAGCCGCAGAUAUUGCCUGGUAUUCAGCGGGAAGUGUUUUCGCUACGAAGUAAUAUUUCAAGUGACUCUGUCAAUGCCCAACCGGAUCCAGUUCUUGAUGAGGUAAUUGAGUCAUUGGCAGAUGCAUCUGAAAUGGUUGAUAAUGCAGAAAAUAUGUCCGAACAACUUGAACAUCAUGUUAAGCAUUCCCUGGCUGGGCUGUGCAAUAAUGUAGAGUUAGCAACAGGAACAGCUGCAACGUGUGCUACCUCUGUGGAACAGUCAGUAGAUUUCACAAAUAACGAAAUCACAAGCAUUGCUCAUGAUGUCAAUGAUAAUACAAAAGCACUUGCAUAUCAAGAUACGUACGAGGAAGUAAAUGCAAAAGAACUGUAUCUUCCACCGAUGACAAUGACAACUACCCCACGCACACGUGCAAAGAUAGCUAAUGGAAUGAAAAUGAAACCCAAACUGUCUCAACCACUUUAUUUUGACAUUGUUUUUGUUCCACAUCAUGGUGCUCAACCCAUAGUGAAGGACGAAGAAGCGGCAAAAGCAUUCGUUACUAGUAUUCGAUCUCGACGAUAUGUUCUAAGUGGCAAAGAUUCCAUACGCACAUAUUUUAUCGAUGGCCUGAUAGCAGGCAAAACAGCUUGGAAUAAGCCUGAGCUCGAAGUGGAUGUGCUUCCUACACACGACAGUGAACAACUGAUCAUAUAUAGCUAUGAAAAAGCUGGUGAAAUGGCUAAAGCAAAUAUCAGUUUACGGUGCUCGGUCGAGCGUUGUACACUUAGGCUUUCUAGUGCUGGCUCUGAUGAUGUUUGCCCUGCAUUCAAAUUCGAAAUGUAG